CUACCACGGCGCGCCUCCGACGACAUGACGCCGCUACAAAGACUGUUGAUCCUCGCGAUAUGCGCGUGCGCACACGCGCAGUACGCAGAGGACAGGGCUCCGAGGUACAUUGCGUCGGAGUCUAAAGUAGCGCCGACACCAGUGCCAAUACUCAAACAGAUCAAUAGGCACAACGAAGACGGCUCCUACACCUAUGGUUAUGAAGCUGCAGACGGUUCCUUCAAGAUCGAGACCAAGUCAACCUCCGGGGAAGUCAAGGGAAAAUACGGUUACAAGGAUGACACGGGCAAAGUACGUGUAAUCGAGUAUGGAGCCAACAAAUAUGGUUUCCAGCCAGCAGGAGAGGGCAUCACGGUCGCACCUCCAACUCUGGUUGAUGAGUCCACCAGGGAUGAGGGUCUGAGACCCGGCAAAGGGCAACAAGGAGGCAGAUCUCAAUACCGUGAACCGGAUUACGAUUAUGAAGAGCCAGCUCCUCGACCAGCUCCCCGGCCCGCUCCUCGCCCGUCACCUCAACCGCAGCAGUACAGGCCACCACCACCUCAACAUCAACAGCAGUACAGGCCACCACCUCAACCUCAACAGCAGUAUAGACCAGCUCCUCAAUCAGCACCAGCUCCUCCCAAGCCUGCUUUCUUCGCUGGAGCGUCACCGGCUCCAGUAGAGGACAACUUCUUCAACCCCGAGCCUCAACCGAAGCAGUACAGACAGCAGCCCAAACAAGACUUCAGGCCAGCCCCUCAGCCGCAACAUUUCGCCCCGAAGCAGACACAAGUGGAUUUCAACCAGGAUUUCAACGGUCCUCCUCGUUUUCCCCAAAAUAACCAGAUACAGCCCCAACGAAGCCAAUCCUUCUCCAUGCUGGACCAACUCCUGAAGGAGUACGCUCUGCCUCAGGGAGGCUCCGCCCCCCUCCACGAUAUCACAUUCGGCUCAUACUAGUUCGAUUAUUCAAUUAUUUUUUUUUGUAAAUAUGUAGUUUAUUUUAAUAAAAACAUUUUUAUACUUUAUUAUUUAUGUUAAAAGUAUUUAAUUUUGGUAAAUAACAUCAAAGAAACAUUGAAAUGAGAAAAAAGUUUCCCUUUUAACAUUCAGAAUUGGAACAUCCUUACAAUAUUUACAAUUUUUUUUUUUUUUUUUUUCAAAGUUAUGAGUUCGUUAUUAAAAUAACGAUGUUAUCAAAUAAACGAGGUCAUAAAGAAAAGCUAAAAACAUAAUCUCUCUGCAAAUGUAGAAUAAUAAAAUACAUCACAAAGACAA